AUGUGGUUCAUCUGCUAUGAUGAAACCAGGAAAGACAGCAAAACAUUGUAUUUGAUAAAGGAGUUUAUGAACUGGACACAGGCUCAGAGCUACUGCAGAUACAAUCACACUGACCUGGCCAGCGGACCUGAUCAGGCAGAAGGCAAAGAAAUGGAGAACCUGAGAAACUCUCAGACGACUGCAUUCAGCGCCUGGAUCGGCCUGUUCAGAGACAGCUGGAGGUGGUCAGAUGGGAGUGAUUUCUCUUUCAGACUCUGGGAUAUGGAGUUAUUUAAUGAUGGACAAAGCAGCAGCAAAUGUGCUAUGACUCUGUUAAACAGAUCAGGAACAUGGAGCUCUGAUGAAUGUAACAAGACAAAACCCUUCUUCUGUUAUGAUGAUAAAGUGAUCCUGAUCACAGAAAAUAAGACAUGGGAGGAGGCCUUGUACUACUGCAGAGAGAACUACCGUGACCUGGUUUCCAUCACAAACCCUCAAGAGCAAGGAUGGGUCCAGGAAAAGGUCAAUAAUGCUUCAACUCCUUUUGUGUGGUUGGGGCUGCGCUACACCUGCACUCUGGGUUUCUGGUUCUGGGUCACUGAUGAGGUGGUUGAAUAUAAAAACUGGAACUCUGCUGGAAUAAAUGAUGACUGUGACAUGUCUGGAGCCAUGGACAGUGGAGGAGACCAUAGGUGGUUCAGAAAGCUUGAUAAUAAUAAAUUCAAUUUCCUCUGUUCUAAAAAUUAA